UAUGAACACUAAGCCCUUGGAGGCACCCUGUCUCGCCUUACGCAGAUAUUGCGGUCGGGCAUUUUUUUUAUUAGUCUCCAAAAAAACUAAUAAUUGUCUAAGAAUAAGGCCACCAAAGACUCUAAAAACUAUUUACAGGCAAUCUUUACUGCAACAUUAUGUUGAGUAAUAUGAAGGUUAUCCAUUUACUUUGUUAAUGGACGUGAAAAAAGUGCUCCAAAAAUAUUAACAAAUAAAACCAAACCAGCAGCCAGUACAGAAACAACACACACACUCAGACCUGCCUGACUAGGAGAGCUUGCCCGUUUUCUUUUUCUUUUCUCAUCCGUUCCUCCUUCUGCAAUGUCUUCAGCCCCCGCUUCUACAUCGUCUACAGAAAUCAAAUAUGUUACCGAAGUGCCUAGUAGUCUAAAACAAUUGGCUCGUCUGGUGGUGCGAGGCUUCUAUACAAUAGAGGAUGCUCUCAUCAUCGAUAUGCUCGUUCGUAAUCCCUGCAUGAAGGAGGAUGACAUUGCCGAACUGCUGCGUUUCGAAAAGAAACAAAUGCGCGCCCGCAUUACCACACUGCGCAGUGAUAAAUUCAUACAGAUCCGUUUGAAAAUGGAAACGGGUCCCGAUGGCAAAGCGCAAAAAGUCAAUUACUAUUUCAUCAACUAUAAAACCUUUGUAAAUGUAGUCAAAUAUAAAUUGGAUUUAAUGCGCAAGCGCAUGGAAACUGAGGAGCGCGACGCAACGAGUCGAGCCAGUUUCAAAUGCACGAAUUGUAAUAAGACUUUUACCGAUUUGGAAGCGGACCAAUUGUUCGAUUUCAACACUCAGGAAUUUCGUUGUACAUACUGUGGGAGCACUGUGGAGGAGGAUAGUUCGGCUAUGCCAACGAAAGAUUCACGCCUCAUGUUGGCAAGAUUCAAUGAACAAUUGCAACCGCUAUACGAUUUGCUAAGAGAAGUCGAAGGCAUCAAACUGGCACCAGAAAUUCUAGAACCUGAACCAGUAGAUAUAGAUACAAUAAGAGGACUUAACAAACCACAGACACUUCGCGGCGAAGGCCAACAAUGGUCUGGUGAGGCUACUCGCAAUCAAGGCUUUGCUGUCGAAGAGACACGAGUCGAUAUCAAUAUUGGUGGCGAUGAUGUGCCUGAUACGGUGGCCGAACGUAAGGCUCGUCCCAUCUGGAUGACUGAGAGUACGGUUAUCACCGAGGAUAACACAGACAAUACAGAUGCCAUAUUAAAUGAAGCUGCACAAAACUCUCAACAGCCUGGUUUUUCGGCGUGGUCGUCAUCCAAUAGCACCUCAACAACGACGACCUUCAAUAAUAAUCGCAAGAAAGAGCAGGAAGAUAUUAUGGCUGUACUAUUGCAAUAUGAAAAGCAACCAGGACAAAAAACAAAUCAUACAAAAGGACUGCGGUUUGGUUCUUCCAAUGCCAAUUCUAGUGAUUCGAGUGAUGCUGAAAAUGAUAUAGAUAAUACCAAAAUUCCCAAUACCGAUGACUACAAUAACUUUAUCAAUUCCGAAUCUGAUGAGGAAGAGGAUGAUGUUCCUUCUGUUUUAGUUGCCGGCCGUCCUCAUCCAAUUGAUCAAAUCAAUGAUGUUCUUAUUGCCCAAAUGUCUCAACAGGAAAAAGAAAAUUACAUACAUAUAUAUCAACAACAUUAUAGUCAUAUAUACGAUUGAAUCAUCCCAUAAACCACCCACCGUCGCCUACUUUGCUACCCGUACAAGUGGACUCGACUUUCCCCCUUCCCCUCUUUUACAAGUAUAAUUAUAUUAAUUAUUUUUGCAUUAUAUUAGUUAAUUCUAUGCAUAUACAAUUAUGAUGUUUUUUCUCUUGCUAUCACAGUUUUCUUUUUGCCCACCCCAAAAUCACUUUCCUCUAUCCUAGCAACCGCCAAACUAAUCGUAUACACACACACAUACCAACUUCAUUAAUCUAUACAUAAAUACGAAUGUUUCCUGAUUUAUAAUUUUCGUUAAAAAAUUUAUACAUAUAUAAAAUAAACGAUGAAGAGAAGUAAAAAAAAAAAAUAAUAAAUAAAAGAAAAUAUUGUUUAAAAAAAUAUAUGCGGCAACAGUUGUCUUAAUUUACUGAAGUCAAAUAGUGUAAUGCCCUUUGUAACGUCUCCAAACAUUAACCGUCAAAAGCUUACACAAACUUACCAUAUCUAAUAGAUCAAUAUGGCACCAAUAUGCCAGUCUGUCAAUGCGUGGUUUGCCUCAGGAGAGAAAGAGAGUUUGUCUUGUGAAGACAUCAAGCAAUUAGGGAAAAACGCAAAUCGAGCUGAAGAAUUAAACCAGUUAGUGUCAGUUUUAUCAAAUGGGUAGAAAUUUACAAGUGUUUUUGUGUUUAAUUAAACAAUAAAAUCAAUGUAAUGUUUGUUGUUUUGCGGAAUAUGACAUUUGUUAUCUGCGUUUUUGUUGUUGUUAGCUUUCAGUGAUGAGAAAAAUCUGCAGUGGCAAACCAAUAUAAAUUAUUGUUCUCAAAAUAAUUCUCUAAA